AAGUCAGACCUGCAUGACACAAAAUGCAUACUCUUGUCAACUGUACCAGUCAUUCAUACAAGUUAUAACAACCAGAGAGACAAAACAGGACACACACCUAACAUUCUUGCAUAUUUUAUACUUAUAGGACAGCAAUGCCAAGGGGAAACCAGAGUCACAUCACUGAAUUCCUCCUCAUGGGACUGACCACUGACCCCAUACAGCAGAUAUGGCUCUUUUCCAGCUUCCUAGCCAUGUACCUGGUCAAUGUGGUUGGCAACUCAGUCAUCAUUGCAGCCAUCCGAAGGGAUGCUCACCUCCACACCCCCAUGUACUUCUUCCUGUCCAACCUGUCUUUCAUGGAUAUCUGCUUUACAAAUGUCAUUGUGCCAAGGAUGCUGGCAAACAUGCUGAGCAAGAGCAAGAAGGUCCCCUUUGCCCAGUGCCUCACCCAGAUGUAUUUCUUUGUGGCCUGUGCAAUCACUGACAGCUUCCUUCUGGCUGCUAUGGCUGUUGACCGCUAUGUGGCCAUCUGUAACCCUCUACAUUACACCACAGCCAUGAGCCCCAGGCGCUGUCUCCUGUUGGUGAUGGUAUCAUGGGUGGUGUCCCACCUCCACUCACUAACCCACACAAUUCUCAUGGCCCGCCUUUCCUUCUGUGGUUCCAAUAUCAUCCAACAUUUCUUCUGUGAUGUCCAGCCGCUGCUAAUGCUCUCCUGCUCUGACACCUCUGUCAAUGAGCUUUUGGCCUUCACAGAGGGCUCCUUGGUGAUCAUGAGUCCCUUUAUCUUCAUUAUUGUGUCUUAUGUCUACAUUACUCGUGCUGUUUUGAAGGUCCCUUCAGGAGGAGGCAGGUACAAGGUCUUCUCUACCUGUGGAUCCCACCUCACAGUUGUGGCACUCUACUAUGGAACUGCCAUCUCAGUGUACAUUCGCCCCUCAUCCACCUACUCAGUGACAAAGGAUCGUGUGGUCACUGUCAUCUAUACUGUGGUGAUCCCCAUGCUGAAUCCUUUUAUCUAUAGUCUUAGGAACAGGGACAUGAAACAGGCCUUGAGAAAGCUGACUAGGAUAACAGAAUAAAAUACACAUAUUUUGCUACCUUUAGAAGUUUAAUCAUUGAUAAUACAAUCAUAUGGUAAGCACCUACUGUCUGCAGGCACUAUGCUUAAUUCUGUGAGAAAGGCCAAAUAAAUCAUAGUUCUAUCCUCAAAAGUACUUACAGUCUAUCAAGCAGAAAGGAGAA